CUCUCUUUUAUCCCGACAAAUGAUUUUGGGGAUAGUUCUAAUCCCUAACUGCGAUUUACGAUUGUUCUUACGGCAAUUCCAGUCCAAACAUUCGACAGUGAAUUCGAGGGUAUUAAGAGAAGUUCUAAAAGUAUCUCGCUAUGAAGCGGCAGAAGGGUGGUCUAAGCAUUUCUCAGCGCGUUACGCGAUCGACGACCAGACUUGAUCGAAACUCACUGACGCUUCCUGUUGAGGUUGUUACAGAGAUAUUCUUGAGGUUGCCGUUGAAGUCUAUAGCGACAUGUCGUUGCGUAUGCAAGCUCUGGUCCUCCGUGCUUCGCAGUCAAGGUUUCACAGACUCCUUCUUGACCAAAUCUUGCGCUCGCCCUCGGCUUCUUUUCGCCUGCCAUGAUUACCGCCGCAAGAUUCACUUCCUCUCGUCGCCCCAGCCUGAAAAUCCGGAAGACAACUCGCAUGUUGUAGCCGCCAAUCACCUCGCGCGUUUCCCAACUUCCUAUAGCUUAUUGGGUUGUACCAACGGCUUCUUCUGUUAUGGAGCUGACUGGUUCUUUAAGAGGCUAAAAUUGCCGGUGAUAUGUAACCCCAGCACAGGACAGUCCUUGACAUUACCAAGAUUGAACUCGAAAGACAAGUAUAGAGUGGAAAGCUAUCUUGGAUAUGACCCCAUUGCGAAACAGUUCAAGGUAUUGUCUGUAUGUGAUGAUGGUAAGGAGCACCAUGUUCUGACAUUAGGAACCAAGAAACUGUCCUGGAGGGUGGUCGAAUGUUGCAUCCCACACUGUUCUUCAAGUAAGUGGAUAUCCAUCAGUGGGGUUUUGUACUAUAUAGCUGCAGAACCUAGGUCUUCUUCACGGGAAUCUAUGGUAGUUUGUUUUGAUUUGAGGUCUGAGAAGUUCAGCUCUGUGAAGCUCUUGGGAGGUUUCAGUAAAGCGCUGCCUCUUUCAGCAACUAUGAUAAACUACAAUGGCAGAUUAGCUUUGCUUAUGUCGUCGGAAGAUACUUGUUAUGUUUUUCGAACAUGUAAACGUUUUAAGCUGUGGGUUCUUCGAGAUGCUGCAAAACAUGAGUGGUCCAAGCGUGUAUACGUAUUACCACCUUCGUGGAAUGAUUUGGUUACGGGGCCCAUGUACAUCGCUGGAAUGGUUGGUACCAAAGAAAUCGUCUUCUCCCCGCACUGCCAAAUAGUGCCUUCCUAUGUCAUCUACUUCAAUGUCAAGAGCAAGACGAUCAGAAAAGUCGGAAUUCAAGGAAUGGAAGCGUUUCAGGGUGAGAUGAUAAACACCUAUCUCAACUAUGUUGAGAAUGUGGAGCUUCUUUAAGCAAUUUUAUAAGUGAGAGACAAGUGUAGUAUUCAUUUGGAGCGUGUUUCUUAGUUAAAAAAAACUAACUCUUGUAGAAGAUUCAACAAGGGUAUGAUAGACAAUCUUCUUGUUACAAAAUGCUGUAAUAGAGAGAGCACAAGUUUUCUUAAGCUUGCCAGAGAAUGAUGUUUGUCCAGACCCUUGUAGAUGAUAUGAUAAAUCACAAGUUGUAUAUCUA